CGUUUUUCAGUGACAUAUGGCGACUGAGACAAGUCCAUAGUCCAACUUUCACGGUUCAUAAAAAGUUUCGAAUUCUAGUAAAAGUUACUCGUAUUGGAUAUUAUUUCAGUACAUAUACGAAUAACAUAAUUAUUAUUUAAACGAUGAUUAUGGCCUCUCAAAUUGCGAGAUCAUUGCUAGCUACCACCCGUCCUACCACAACUUUAAAGUUCGAUAUAGCUCGUCGAGCACUUAGUGUAACUGCCACUCUACAGCAAAAGAAGUCCCUUAAAGAUAAAACUGGCAAAAAUGUAGUCCUUGUAGAUGGUGUCCGUACGCCGUUCUUGGUUUCUUUCACGGAUUAUGCCAAGAUGAUGCCCCAUGAGCUUGCAAGGCAUUCCCUUCUGGGUCUUCUCCAAAAAACUGGGAUUCCAAAGGAAGUUGUAGAUUACAUUGUCUAUGGAACAGUUAUUCAGGAAGUGAAGACAUCAAACAUUGGAAGAGAAGCAGCCUUGGCAGCUGGCUUUAGUGACCGUACCCCUGCCCACACUGUCACUAUGGCUUGUAUAUCUUCAAACCAGGCUAUUACCACAGGUGUUGGUAUGAUAGCUGCCGGUGCUUAUGAUGUGAUUGUAUGUGGAGGUGUGGAAUUUAUGUCUGACGUGCCAAUACGACACUCGCGUAAGAUGCGAUCACUUUUACUGAAGCUCAAUCGUGCUAAAACUCCUGCUCAAAGACUGUCUUUACUAGCCUCUAUACGACCAGAUUACUUUGCUCCCGAGCUCCCGGCAGUAGCGGAAUUUUCAUCUGGCGAGACCAUGGGCCAUAGCGCAGACCGUUUAGCGGCCGCUUUCGGUGCCAGUCGUGCCGAACAAGAUGAAUACGCUCUUCGAUCACACACACUCGCUGCCGAAGCACAAGCCAAGGGUCACUUUACUGAUCUCAUACCUGUCAAAGUGGACGGCAAAGACGGCGUAGUGGAAAAAGACAACGGUAUCCGUGUGUCCUCUCCUGAGCAGCUGGCGAAACUUAGACCUGCUUUUAUCAAGCCUCAUGGCACCGUUACUGCAGCUAACUCUUCAUUCCUGACUGAUGGAGCGUCAGCGUGUCUAAUUAUGUCUGAAGCUAAGGCCAAGGAGUUGGGGUUAAAGCCGAAGGCUUAUCUCCGAGACUUCACAUAUGUCGCUCAGGAUCCAGUAGAUCAGCUUCUUCUCGGUCCAGCAUAUGGGAUUCCCAAGAUCCUGGAGAAAUCUGGACUCCAACUUGGAGACAUAGACACCUGGGAAAUACAUGAAGCUUUUGCUGGCCAAAUCUUAGCCAACCUGAAAGCAAUGGACUCUGAUUGGUUCGCCCAGAACUACCUCGGCAAGCAGACUAAGGUGGGUGUUCCAGACAUGAACAAGUGGAACAAGUGGGGUGGCUCUCUCUCUAUUGGACAUCCGUUUGCUGCUACUGGGGUGAGGCUCGCGAUGCACACGGCCCACAGACUGGUGAAAGAGGACGGUCAGUUCGGAGUGAUAUCCGCGUGUGCAGCCGGCGGACAGGGCGUGGCCAUGAUACUGGAAAGACAUCCCGAUGCACACACCAACUGAACACCUUUUCACCUCACUUCAUGCCCUUUGCCCAAUUUAAGACAGGUUAUCUUAUGUCACAGAGGAAUUAAAAUCAUCAUAGACUGACAAGUCUAAUGAUAAUCUUCAAGUGUUUCUGAACUGAAAAACCACUACUUGCUUUGUUGACGUUUCCAAUUUUAGUAAACUAAGCCCUGUAAAAAAAAUAUAUUUAAACAGAUGUUAUAUUGUCCUUGUAUUAUUUAAGUAAACGUUAUUCGUAUAAGUGUAUACUUUUUGAUGAUUAUACAUUUUAUAUUUAAUAAAUAAAUAAUUUAAUUA